GCAGCAGCAGCCGCCUCCGUCUUCUCCGCCGCUCCAUGGCGGCUCCGGCUCCGCGGCCACCCGGCCUGUGCUGCUGCCGCAAGGGGUCCGCGGCCGGGCCGGAGGCGCCGCCGGCCCCGCCACCGCCUCCCGAGCCGCCGCCGGACGUGGCGUCGGCCUCCAGCUCUCAGCUCUUCAGCCUCCGCCACCUGCACCUGGGUCUGGAGCUGCGGCCCGAGGCGCGGGCGCUGGCGGGCUGCCUGGUGCUGGAGCUCUGCGCCUUGCGGCCGCAGCCCCGCGCCCUGGUGCUGGACGUCCACCCGGCCCUGCGCGUCCUCUCGGCCGCCUACCGCCGCGCCACGGUGGGGGAAGCGCCCUGCUCCUUCGCCUUCUUGCCCGCCGAGGCCACCGCCGCCGCCACCCCGCUGCCCCCACCGCCCUGCCCGCCGCCGCCACCGCCGCCCUGCGCGCCGCCCUGCGCCGCCAGCCCGCCCUCCACCGCCACCUUCCUCUCGGCGCCCUGCAUCGCUGCCAGCCCGCUGCCUGCCGCCGCCGCCCCUACGGUGGAGCCGCCUGCCAGCCCCUCGCCGGCCGCCGAGCCGCCGCCGCCGCUGCCCGUCUUCGCCCAGCCACCCUGCGCUGCCUGGCCGCUCGGCUUCAGGGUUGACCCCUUCACCGACUACGGCUCGUCCCUCACCAUCUCCCUGCCCACCGCCCUGCAGCCGCACCAGCCCUUUCAGAUCAUCGUCCGCUACACAACGGCCGAUGGCCCCGCCAUCUGGUGGCUGGAUCCAGAACUGACGUAUGGCAAUGCCAAGCCAUUUGUCUUCACACAGGGCCACUCAGUGUGUAACCGGUCUUUCUUCCCCUGCUUUGAUACACCAGCAGUGAAAUGUACCUACUCGGCCACUGUCAAGGCUCCAGCAGGCAUACAGGUGUUGAUGAGUACCACCCAAAGUACCUACUUAGAAGAGGAAGGUGUAUACCAAUUUUACAUGGAAUAUCCAGUUCCUGCCUACCUCGUGGCCCUGGUGGCAGGAGACCUAAUACAUGCAGACAUAGGUCCUAGGAGCAGAGUGUGGGCUGAGCCUUGCCUGCUGCCAACAGCCAUCAGCAAACUUUCUGGCAUUGUUGAGCGCUGGUUGACAGCUGCAGAGAGUCUGUAUGGCCCAUAUAUAUGGGGACGAUAUGACAUUGUUUUUCUUCCACCAUCCUUCCCUAUUGUUGCCAUGGAAAACCCAUGCCUGACCUUCAUCAUCUCUUCUAUUUUGGAGAGUGAUGAGUUUUUGAUCAUUGAUGUCAUUCAUGAAGUUGCCCACAGCUGGUUUGGAAAUGCAGUCACCAAUGCUACAUGGGAGGAGAUGUGGCUGAGCGAGGGGCUGGCCACAUAUGCACAACGCCGGAUCACCACAGAGACCUAUGGAGCUGCCUUCACAUGUUUGGAGACUGCAUUCCGCCUUGAUGCUCUCCACAGACAGAUGAAACUUCUUGGAGAAGACAACCCAGUCAGCAAGCUUCAGGUUAAACUAGAGCCAGGUGUAAAUCCUAGUAAUUUAAUGAACCUCUUCACCUAUGAGAAAGGCUACUGCUUUGUUUACUACCUGUCCCAGCUCUGUGGUGAUCCAAGACAUUUUGACUCCUUCCUAAGAGCCUACAUCGAGAAGUACAAAUUUACCAGUGUUGUUGCUCAGGAUCUUCUGGAUUCCUUCCUAAAUUUUUUUCCAGAGCUGAAAGAGCAAUGUGUUGAGAGCAAAGCAGGACUGGAGUUUGAACGUUGGCUCAAUGCUACAGGACCUCCAUUAGCUGAGCCAGACUUAUCUCAGGGAUCCAGUCUGACCAGACCGGUGGAGACGCUCUUCAAACUCUGGACCACAGAGCCUCUGGACUCUGCUGCUGCCAGCAGUGUUGACCUCACUAAAUGGAGAACGUUCCAAACCGUACUUUUCUUGGACAGAUUGCUGGAUGGGUCACCACUGCCACGUGAGGUGAUAAAAAAGCUUUCGGAAUGUUACUCCUCUCAGCUGGACUCCAUGAAUGCAGAAAUCCGUAUCCGCUGGUUGCAGAUUGUAGUCCGAAAUGACUAUUAUCCAGACCUUUACAAAGUCCGUCGCUUCUUGGAAAACCAGAUGUCUCGGAUGUAUACAAUUCCACUUUAUGAGGACCUUUGCACUGGCACCCUCAAGUCUUUUGCCUUAGAAAUUUUUUACCAGACACAAAACCAGCUGCACCCCAAUCUUCGGAAAACCAUCCAACAGAUCUUAUCACAGGGCUUGAAUCCAUUUCCUGCCAUAGACACUACAGCAGUCACUACAGACACACCAGCAAUGGUGCUUGAGGACAAAGCCUCAGAGGCCACAAACGGUGCCAUUUCACUCAGGGAUGUUAAUGUGUCUGCCUAGAUCACCAGUUCAUGCCAGCCAUGAAGCUUGAAAGUGGGGACAGAAACAGAGGAAAGAUACCAAGCAUUGCCUCCUUCCUUUUGGCCCUACAGCUGCAGUGUGUUGUAACUGGAUUUCUCUCCCAAAACACAAAGCAAAUGUGCCUUCAAGUAUCCAGCGUGUGACACUGCCAGAUUUCAGAGACCUCCUUCAGCUGUGGGGUGGAUAUUUUUAUUCAGUUUAUACUGGGCAGAGACUCCUGGGCAGUUGCUUCUCCAUGGAAAGUGGAUAGUUCCCUUUCCUGAGGCUCUUCUGGAUGUUUUCUCCAAGUCUCUGGGUUGGUGGUUAUGGGAUUUUUGGUCAUUUGUUUGUUUCUUUGUUUCAUUUUUUGUUUUGUUUGUUUGUUUGCUUGUUUUUGUCUGAGGCCACUGAGGUAUGUCCUGUUUGCCCUGUGUAUGGUGCUGGGGAGUGUGUAUGUCAAGCUGUCAUUACCCUGAUAUUUGGGCUGAAGUUCUGCAAAGGAGAGACUGAGGAAUUGUUGAUGGGAGCAAACAAGUUUUCAUGUUAUGCUCCUUACUGUGACAGAGAUGUGAUUGGGAGGUAGGAGACUAAUGCUUAAGUAAUUAAGAAACUAAUUUUAAAUAGCUCCUGUUCCCCCUUGCCCCUAGGUGGCUAAAUAAUAAUAAUGGGAAACCUUAUGAUGGAUUUGAAAUCCUUCUGUAGUUAACCCUUCCUUCAGUUGUCCCUUUGCACUCAAUGGGAAAGGCAAUAAAGAAAUGUGUAGGCUUGAAUUUUCAAAAAAGUUAAAAUUAGGUGCCCAAAAGCCAUCAAUUCUGGUACUAGCUGGAUGCAUAAAUCUUUUUAACUUUUGACAAGUCUAGCUGCAAUCUUUGUGUGUUAGGAUGUGUAGCACAUGUGUUUGUCAGAUGUACUCUAUCUUCUAUUCUGUCCUUUUGGAAGAAUUAACAGGACCUUUAACUUAAAUCUGUUUUUUUUUUUUGUUUUGAAGAUCCUUAGUAUAAAUUAGGCCUAUAAGUCAACCAUGGAGAUUGUGCUAAAAUUUUAUUGCCUUGAAUAGCAUUUGUCUGAAUAACAGUUGCCCCGUCAUAUGAUAGUCCGAGAGAAGCACCCUCCUUUUUGAUAGAAGACUUUUAAGCCCUGCUUUACUCGAGUCUGUUUUCUGACUUGUGGUUGUGGUGGUAAGAUGCCAUUUCAUUUACACAGCAUGCUAUUUCUCUUGCUCACUGGCCAGGCAUGCAAGAUGGGAAGACACUCUCUUCCAUCUGCGCCAUUCAGUCUCAGGAAGGUGAGGGCAAAGCAUUGUUGGGUAUUAGAGAGUACAGGUGGUGGUUCUUAAGACUGUGCCACAUUGUUUCUAACAUGUGGGUACCUGUGUGCUACUCAGUGAGCACCCACAAAGCAUCUCUUGAGCUGAUGUGUCACCAGGAUAGAGAACUAGCUGGAAUGAAAGGUGAAACAUUUGGAAGAGGCUCAGCUAAAGGAGAUGUGAGAAAGGAACAUACAUAAUUUGGGGCAAAUUUUAUUUUAGCCCUGCUAUGGGGAUCUACAUAUCACAGGAAGAGGGGAAAUUAGGGAGCUGGGGUUUUUUUUUGGUGGGGUUUGGUUUUGUUUUUUGGUGUUUUUUUUCUUUUUUGUUUUGUUUUGGCUUUGUUUGUUUUGUUGGUUUCCCAGUUUUUUUUUUUUUCACCAAAAGUAUCUGUUUACACCCAUGUGUGGGUGGGGACUUAGGUGCUGUUACUGGAUCUGCAUUUUCUGGCUUUAAAUUAAUUUGGACUUCACCGUAGCCUUAGCCUGGGCUGAACUGGGAUAAAGCAAUAAUGAACUCAGGCCUCCGUAGUGCUUCAUAGUUUUCAAAAUGGCUCAUCAGCAUUGUUUGGCUUCAGAACUCCAAGCUCUGCUCUUUGCUUCUUGAAUCGGGAUUAUCUUUUUAAUUCCGUUUGUUUUUUUUUUUCCAGAAAGGACAGAGAAUGAUAUGUUCUGCACAAAUCUCUUUCUGUUUGUUGUUCUAUUGAAUGAGAUCUGUGCAAGCUGAUUUUCCACUUCCCAAGUUGCCACUGUUGGUGUUGCAUCUCCUGGUCCCCACUGUUAGCAGCAGCAGCCCAGCCAAGACCAGUAACCACUAGCAGCUUUUGGAAUCCCAGGCCUCCACUAUAACAUGUAAUGGAGAAUAUAUGUGACACAUUGGUGGGGAAUUAUAAAUUUACAUGGAUGCCUUAUGAUGAUUGUCAAAUUAAACUGAGCUUUGUGACAAGUUUAGCCUUUUGGGCAGUUUUUCAGCAUCCCUGCUAUGGAUAUGUGGAAGAGCUAACUUGGUACAUUGUCUUUGUUUUGUCUUUUUCUGGAGUGCAACAUAGAGGGAGUUUGGAAGCUAUUUAAAAGCUGAACAGCAAAAAGUUGGAGGGGUUGCAAAAGCAAAUAAUCGAAAGUAAAUAUUUUUAUUACAACUGACUGAAAUACAUCAGAUCAGCUGUGUUUGCAUAUACAUGCAUCAAUGCAGGGAAAUGUUGGCUGAACCUAAUAGACUGUGUUUCUUGAUUAAAGAACAUGAAAUCUAA